GCGCAGGCGCCGUGACGCGCUUCUGCCAGUCUGCGAACGACCCGGAAGGCGCCGCCGUCAUGCCCGAGGCCCGCUCCGCGCUGCGGGAGGUGCUGCCUAAGCGAGGCCAGUUGUCGGUCGAGGACGUGGCAACCCUGGUGCUCUGCAAGCCCAAACUGCUGCCGCUGAAGUCUGUGACACUGGAGAAGCUGGAGAAAAUGCAGCGGGCGGCGCAGGAAACCGUUCGCCAGCAGGAGAUGGCCCAAAGAGAGGAGCCGCAGCAGUAAGGGGUGGGGGGGCACGUCCUCUCUUCUCUCCUAUGGUAACGGGCACCGCGAGAAGCAGCGUUGUAGCUCCUGUGCUGCGGCCUCUGCCCGCUCGUAUAGUGAUCACUGGCCAGCGUUAAAAAGAUUAGGGAUAAUCAGAGUUUGCAUCUUCUUACCGUAGGUGUGGAUUUUGAAAGUGUGGCUGGACCCAGUGUGCUUGGUUCUCAUUUGAGUUUUGGGGUUAUUUUUCACUCUCCUUUUUAAGUAAAAAAUGCUUUAUUAAAGUUAAUCCUGGCUUU